GCUUGUUGAACCUCAGUUACUGACGUGAAAUAUGCGUGUUUUUAUUCAUACGGCAAAAUAUCAAAACAAAUCGAAUCAGAUCUUGUUGUUUUAAAAUAUUUUUUGUCCGGGCGCUAAUAUACAAAGAUGUUGAUAACAAGUGGACUCUUGUGCUAUGUGUAAUCUGUAACAUGUUUCUUUCCCCUUUUUUUGUUUUGUUUUUGUUUUUACAUCGAGUGGUUUUGGUGCAGUGUGAUGUCAGGGCAGCUCAGAGAAAAAUCUAGACUAGUACUAGAGGCAGAAAAAACAAAAACUAGUACUAGAGGCGGAAGUCCGCUGCAGGAAUGCCAGCUGACGCAGCAAACACGAACAUUUGAACCUCAAACGUGACGCUAUAUAAAGAGAACACGUGACCCAGCGCGACUUCAAGAGGAACGUUUGACAGCAGUUGGAAGAGCGGACUGACGGGUCACCACAGAAACGCUUUUCGGACCAAAAUAACUGCGUUGUUUCCACUACGACCAUACACAUUUGGACAUUUGAAGGGACCAUGGCUUCAGCGAAAUGCACGAGAUAUUCCCUGUACUGGGAGGAGACCGAGUGCCUCAGCUACUAUGAGAUGCUGUCCCUCCAUGAGAUCUUUGAAAUCGUGGGCUCCCAACUCACAGAGACUGAUGUCGAGGUUUUGUCCUUUCUCCUCGAUGAAGCUUAUCCUGGAAAACAUCCCCUCGAUCCAGAGGGAUGGACUGAUGAGUUACCUCCAGGGCCUGAUGGGUCUUCACAGGGUAAUUCUCCAUGUCCUCGGCUUCUGAAAACAUGGCGAAGAAUACAGCCGCAGAAUGAGCCUUGCCCCAUUGUUGGUCGCCACAGACCCAAGAGUGGCGUUGAACUGCUGUUGGAGUUGGAGAGGCGAGGAUACUUGAGCGAAGGAAACCUCAAACCUUUAUUGCAGUUGCUGCGAAUUCUGACACGGCAUGAUGUCCUGCCUUUUGUUGCACAAAAGAAGAGAAGAACAGUGUCUCCAGAGCGAGAGAAGAUAGAAUACCAAGCAGUGGAUACCAGCGGGGACACACAGUUCAGUUCAAACACAGAUAUACCAUCCUUGGAAAACACACAAGACCACCAGUGGAGAGCAGGGACUGGCUCUUCCAUGACAACAACCACCCCUGUCCGACAGAAGCGAGGUAGAGGUUACCACUGGAGCAGAAAAUCUAGGGGCAAGCCUGAAAUCCAGCCUCAACCAACACCCAACAAAGUGACCUGCGAUGUCCGGCUGCGUGUGCGUGCGGAGUAUUCAGAGCACGAGUCGGCCCUUCGUGGAGGAGUUUCAUCAGACAAGCCGCAGCCGUUGGAGAGGCAAUUUGAACUGUUCAGCCGAGCGAGCAUGCUGCUCCGUACCCGGGAUCUGGGCUCUAUUGUUUGUGAUAUCAAGUUCUCGGAACUUGCCAACCUGGAUGCCUUCUGGGCAGACUAUCUAAGCGGGGCGCUGCUUGAGGCACUGAAAGGAGUCUUCAUCACAGACUCUUUGAAAAGGGCAGCGGGACAGGAGGGGGUCCGGCUGCUUGUCAGUGUGGAUCAGGAUGACUAUGAGGAUGGCAGGGAGGUGUUGCUCAGAGGCCAGACACAUAAUAGGACAAACUGGGGAACACAAAGUUUGCCCUGAAAAAUGUCCGUUUCACUCAGGACCUUCAGCUAUGAUGGAUGAAGAUGUUUUGCCUUUUCAUUUCAUUGCCCAUUGAGUGCUGGCGACACUGGGAAGGAGAGCCUGUUGGAAGAGUCUAGAUUAAACUGGGCAGCCGUUUUGUUGGACACUGACUGUAUCUAAAGGAAAAAUGAUUCUUGACUGUUCAGAGGUUAGGUUCAAGUAUAGGGCUGGCUCUCUCUCUCCACUGCAGGUCAGUUUAAACAUGGACAAACACACACCCAUAGAAAACAAAAGUAGGAGGUUCUGCAUCUGUUCUACUUAGUCUGUCACAGGUGGUAUGUGGAUAGAAUCUGUUUCCAAAUGUGAUGACAUACAAUGAACCAUUGAAUUCAAGUUAUGUGUUUAGCUUUGUUUGGGAAAUGUAAAAUAACCUCUUUGAUAAAAGAUAGGAAUGAUGGGAAUACACAACAAAUAUGUAACCCAAAAGGAUGUGCAAAUCAAUGAUUAAUAAACAUUCAAAUGCAUAGUUAACAAAAAGAUUAUGUAGUUUUUUUUUUAUUUUUAUAUAUCUCCUGUUUGAAAAGGUUUUGAAAGAUUGAAUAAUAACUUCUUAAGAGUUUGGAGCUGGUAACAAUGCUUCAGAUGACCAAAUGUAGACUUCCACCAUUGGACCGUUUAAUAUGUUGUAUAACUUAACUGCUCCAGAGUGCUCUGUUGUACUGCUUAUGAGAGUCAACUUAGAUGACUUUGGAAAUCCUUUAUACACUACCUGACUGGAACAAAUCUAUCAAAGCUGCCAAAUUUGAAGAUGUAUUGAGGAUCAGGCAAUGCCACAAGUUGGAACAGAGAUUAACUCUGCAUUUUACAGCAAAGACUUUCUACAGUGUACACCACUCUGCGACUACAUGUGUCCCUACAACUCAGUUACUGUUAUUUGUCUCAGAAACAAGGUUCUGGAUUAUCAAGGCCUUCAGAUGCCUUUGUAAAAUGUUGAUAGAAAAAAAUGUUAGUUAAUUAGAUGACCACUGAUUUGACACACAACCAGACUAACCUCUCUGGUCAUGUUUCUGGGUUAUUGUGUUCUUAUAAAGCAAGCAUGUGUUGACCCUUUUGUUAUAUUUGUACUCCUAUGACAAAGAAGAUAAAAGUUCAGUAGUAUGUAGUGGUAAUUCAGUUUGGAACAGUCCUGACAUGUCACUGAUAUAAGUGAAUUGGGAGUGGAACAUUGAACGCUUUUGUGUUUUCAUGUUUUUGUUUAAAAUGAUAUUACUUGAUAUUGUUUU